AUGUGGCUCCAGAUUUUCCGUCUCAUCAUUAUAUUCUACACUACAGUUAAAGCUGUAGGAAAAGAACUGAAUGCCGAUCGAAGAGUUGAAAAUAACUCUGUCCCUACUCAUCAUCGCUCCACAAAAAAUAUAGAAGGUCGUCAGAAUUUUGUAAUUCAUGAUUUCUUUACAAAUAAGGAACAUGUCAAUUUAGAAGCAAGAGAAAGAAAUCAAGAAGAAAACAGAGUGGCUAAAUUUAUUAUUUUACCGAGAGAAACUCAAGAAACAAAAAGCCAUAGCCAAGUGGGACUUGGAAAAUUCAACCUCAGAGGAAACAAAAAGACAUUUAUUCCUCAACGAUUCAGCGGAAAAAAGGCAAACAUACCCGAAGAUCAGAAUGCCAAAAAAUUCUGGAAUUACUUUGUAUAUAAACUUAAUGCAGCCCCAGGGGAUUUCCCUCAUCCUGUUAAAACACAAGAAAUACAGCGGGAAGUCUGCAAGACUAUUCCAUUUUCUCAGAAUAUAACGCAUGAGAAUUGUGAUGAGGUAAUGAUACAAAAUAAUCUGUGCUUUGGCAAAUGCAACUCUCUACAUGUACCGAACCAAAGAGAAGAACUCAACAUAUGUUCUCUUUGUCGACCAUUUAAAUUCAGGAUGAACCACCUUAGGCUGAACUGCGCGGGAUCCAGCAGUGUGUUAAAAGUUGUUAUGAUGGUUGAAGAAUGCAAGUGCAUGGUUUAUAGACACAACAACCAUGGAAUGAGGAGUUCUUAUGAACAUUAAUAAAAUAUAAUGACAAGCUUGAAAUCCUCAUCUGCUAAUAUAACUUGGUCUAAUGACCAAACCUAUAUACUCAAAGAGCUGAUAGGCCAUUUCCUUUAUUACAAUAUGGCCCUUAGGUAAUUAGAGGAGAGCAGAAUGUGUCUAAAGAA